AUGCCGGUACCUGAAGUCGACGGCGUUCUCAGUUUGACAGAAGUUAUCUCCUCUCUCCUCGACCGUAUUCCCAAGCUUCUCAGCUUCAAGUGCAAAUGGUCUUCGAUUCGCGCCAAACUCGGCGAUCUCAGGACUCAGCUCGCCGAUUUCUCCGACUUCGCUGGCUCUUCUUCCAACCAGCUUGCUCUGGAUCUUCUUCUCUCGGUUCGAGAGACGCUAGAUGACGCGGUUUCCGUCGCGGCGAGGUGUGAGGGACCAGAUUUGGCGGAGGGAAAGCUCAAGACGCAGAGCGAGGUUGACUCGGUCAUGGCCAGGCUCGAUCGCCAUGUCAAGGAUGCUGAGGUUCUGAUCAGGAGUGGUCUUCUGCAGGAUAACGGCAUCGUCUCGAGAUUUUCGAUUUCGUCUAAGAAGGAAGCGGUUCGUUUAGAGGCGAGGAAUCUGGUUAUCCGAUUGCAGAUCGGUGGACUAGAAUCGAAGAAUUCGGCAAUUGACUCGUUGCUUGAACUACUUCAGGAAGAUGAUAAGAACGUGAUGAUCUCAGUGGCUCAGGGAGUUGUCCCCGUUUUGGUUCGGCUUCUCGAUUCGAGCUCUUUGGGUAUGAAGGAGAAGACUGUGGCUGUAAUUUCUAGAAUCUCGAUGGUAGAGAGCAGCAAACAUGUGUUGAUAGCUGAAGGAUUGUCUCUCCUGAAUCACCUCCUACGGGUCUUGGAAUCAGGAAGUGGAUUCGCUAAAGAGAAGGCUUGUAUUGCUCUUCAAGCCCUAAGUUUGUCCAAGGAGAACGCGAGAGCAAUCGGUUGCAGAGGAGGGAUUUCGUCUUUACUUGAAAUCUGCCAAGCCGGGACCCCUGGCUCACAGGCUUUCGCCGCCGGAGUCUUGAGGAACCUAGCUUCAUUUGCAGAAACCAAAGAGAAUUUCAUCGAGGAAAACGCUAUGUUCGUGCUUAUUUCUCUGGCUUCUUCAGGUACGCCUCUUGCUCAAGAGAAUGCAGUAGGAUGUUUAGCUAAUCUAACAUCUGAGGAUGAGAAUCUGAUGAUAACGGUAGUUAGGGAAGGAGGAAUUAAAUGUCUAAAGAGUUUCUGGGAUUCUGUUUCCAAUGCUAAGAGCCUUGAGGUAGGAGUUGUGCUUCUGAGGAACUUAGCUUUGUGCCCUAUUGUCAGAGAAGUUGUUAUCUCCGAAGGAUUUAUCCCUCGUUUGGUUCCAGUGUUGAGUUGUGGGGUUCUCGGUGUGAGAAUCGCAGCUGCCGAGGCUGUUUCUUCCCUAGGUUUCAGCUCGAAAAGUAGAAAAGAGAUAGGUGAAAGCGGAUGCAUCGGUCCAUUGAUUGAUAUGUUAGAUGGUAAAGCUACGGAAGAGAAAGAAGCAGCUUCUAAAGCUCUGUCAACCUUAUUGGUGUGCACAAACAACAGAAAGAUCUUCAAGAAGAGUGACAAGGGUAUACUCAGUCUUGUUCAGCUCUUGGAUCCGAAGAUUAAGAAAUUGGAUAAGAGAUUCACAGUCUCUGUGUUGGAACUACUUGUAACUUCUAAGAAAUGCAGGAAACAAGUCGUUGCUGCUGGUGCUUGCUUGCAUUUGCAAAAGCUUGUGGAGAUGGAUGUUGAAGGAGCUAAGAAAUUGGCAGACAAUCUUGCCCGGAGUAAGAUUUGGGGCGUCUUCGCGAGGCCAUAA